AUGACUUUAAAAGGCAAAGUAUUUAUUAUUACAGGUGGCGCAAGUGGAUUUGGCGAAACAUUAGCUCGUUAUUUCGUUGUUGAAAAAGGUCGUUCGGUCGAUAUUAAUAAAGAAUUUGGUCUACAAAUCGAAGCAGAAUUAAAUGCAAGGAACACUAUUGGCUAUUCCUUAUUUAAAAAACGAGGUGGUGGUGCAGUCGUUAAUACUGCUUCUGUGACCGGAUUGUAUCCUUUAAUCGUGCCUCGGAUGCCGGUAUAUACUGCUGCCAAAGCUGCAAUUAUCGCGUUUAGUCAAGUAUUAGAGCCAUUGAAAGAUGAAGAAAAUAUUUGUGUAAUGCUGUUUGCCAUUUUAUGUUGGUAA